AUGCUUUUCUGGAAUGUCAGGGGGGUGAACAGGUGUGCUAAGCAGCAGGAUGUCAAAAGAUUUCUGAAUGCUAAUCAAUGCAGCUUGGUUUGCCUUCUUGAAACAAAGGUCAAGGCAAAAAAUAUGGGUGCCUUGUAUCUGAAACUGUUCAGUGGUUGGUGUUUUACUUCAAAUAGUAUGUGUCAUAAUGGUGGGAGAAUUGUGCUUGCUUGGAAACCUGGUGAGUUUCAGGUAAACCCUAUUUUCUGCUCUAGUCAACUGAUUCAUUGUGAAAUUAGUCUUAAGAAUGGUACUAAAUUCUGGAGCUCCUUUAUAUAUGCUCAUAACACUCAAAAAGAAAGACUGGUACUAUGGAAUGACUUGUGUGAUCUUGCUGCAAGGAUUAAUGGUCCUUGGAUUCUCAUGGGUGAUUUCAACUGUGUUCUGAAUACUGAUGAAAGGGUGAGUAGCCAUGUGAGAUUGAAUGAAAUACAGGAUUUUCAGAAUUGUGUCAAUACUUGUGGUUUAGAAGAUGCUAAGUCCAGUGGUAAUUUCUACACCUGGAAAAAUAAACAGCAGGGUGAUUGUAGGGUUUUCUCUAAGUUAGAUAGGGUUUUGAUUAACCAUUUAUGGAGCUGUCAGUACCCUAAUACUGAGGUGUGCUUCAAAAAUGAAGGGUAUUUUGAUCAUUGUCCAGGUGUGGUGGCUGUUUUUCCCCACCUAGCAGUGGGCAAGAAACCUUUCAAGUUCUUUUCAAUGUGGCAACAAGCCCCUCAAUACAUGGAGAUUGUGAGUUCUGCUUGGGGUUGUGCAUACCAGGGGACUAAAAUGUUCCAACUGGUUCAGAAGCUUAAAAAUGUGAAGAAUGCUCUGACAAAGUUAAACAAAGAUGGCUUUGGUGAAAUUGAGGUAAGGGAGUUGGCUGCUUCUAAACAUCUCAAUGAUCUGCAAGCUGCUUUGCACCUUAACCCUUCAAGUGAGGAUCUGGCCUCAAUGGAGAAAACUACUCACCAUGAUUACUUGGUAACUCAUGCAGCCUAUCUUAACUUCCUUUCUCACAAGGCUAAGUUAGAAUGGGUCAAAGGUGGUGAUGACAACACUGCUAUGCUUCACAGGGCUAUCAGACACAGACAGGUUCAUAAUUUUAUCUUUUCUAUCAAGGAUAUGCAUGGUAAAUGGAUAGAUGAGCCUGCUAAGGUUCCUGGUGCCUUUCUUGAGUAUUAUAAAUGUUUGUUGGGGUCCAAAAAUCCCAUUAGAACUACAGUUAAACAGACUGUGGUCAAUAAGGGCCCUCUGGUUGAUGAUGCUAUGAGGUGUAUGCUUCUUAGCUCUUAUUCAAGAACUGAAGUGAAGAAGGCCAUGUGGGAUAUUGAUGCAAACAAAGCCCCUGGCCCUGAUGGGUUUGGGAGUUCAUUCUUUAAAGGAGCUUGGGAGAUAAUUGGUAAUGAUGUUAGUGAUGCUGUGUUAGACUUUCUGAAUACAGGAAAACUCUUGAAGGAGAUUAAUGCUACUAGCAUUACUCUUAUCCCAAAAGGAAAAACCCCAUGA